AUGGGUAAGGCGGCCUUGCUUCUCAGGCGCCUGAGAGAACACAUUCAGAAGUUUCAGGAGAGCUCUAGCCUAAGCCAAAGCCUGGGUCCUGUGGUGGUCCCCAAACAAGGGUGGUUAGAGCAACCACUGGAUCCCUUCAACGCAUCAGACAGACGGACCUUCCUGCAGCGGUACUGGGUGAAUGAUCAACACAGAACUGGCCCAAAUGCACCAGUGUUUCUGCACGUAGGAGGUGAGGGCAGCCUUGGGCCUGGCUCAGUGAUGGCAGGGCAUCCUGCAGCGCUGGCCCCUGCCUGGGGGGCCCUGGUGAUAAGCCUGGAGCACAGAUUCUACGGUCUGAGUAUGCCCGCUGGGGGCCUGGACACGGCCCAGCUUUGCUACUUGUCCAGCCGCCAUGCGUUGGCUGACGUGGCCUCUGCCCGCCAGGCGCUUUCCCGCCUUCUCAAUGUGUCUGCCUCCAGCCCUUGGAUCUGCUUCGGGGGCUCCUAUGCUGGCUCGCUGGCGACCUGGGCCCGGCUGAAGUUCCCCCACCUAGUCUUCGCUGCGGUUGCCUCUUCCGCACCGGUGAGGGCCGUAGUGGACUUCUCUGCCUACAACCUGGUAGUGGCCAGAAGCCUGACGCAAGUUGCCAUAGGCGGAUCACAGGAGUGCCUGGGGGCGGCCUCCGCAGCUUUCGCGGAGGUGGAGCGGCUGCUGCGCGCAGGCCAGGCGUCUCAGGCUGUGCUGAGAGAGGAACUGGGCGCCUGCGGGUCCCUGGACCUUACUGAAGAUCAGGCGGAGCUGCUGGGGGCGUUGCAGGCGCUGGUGGGAGGCACCGUGCAGUACAACGGGCAGGCAGGAACGCCACUAAGCGUGCGCCAGCUCUGUGGACUCUUCCUUGGGAACCAGGGCAACCGCAGUCACUCCACGCCCUACCAUGGGCUGCGCCAGGCGGUGCAGAUCGUCUUGCGCAGCAUGGGCCAGAAGUGCUUAAGCUUUUCCCGAGCAGAGACAGUGGCACAUCUGAGAAACACUGAGCCUCAAGUGUCUGGCGUGGGGGACCGGCAGUGGUUGUACCAGACGUGCACUGAGUUUGGCUUCUAUGUCACCUGUGAGAGUCCUCAGUGUCCUUUUUCCCAGCUCCCAGCACUGCCCUUCCAGCUUGAUCUAUGUGAACAAGUGUUUGGUCUCUUACCUGCCUCUGUUGCCCAGGCUGUGACCCAGACAAACUCCUAUUAUGGUGGCCAGACCCCUGGAGCCACCCGAGUACUGUUCGUUAAUGGAGACACAGAUCCCUGGCAUGUACUGAGUGUAACACAGAACUUGGGGCCCUCUGAGCCAGCUCUUCUCAUUCCUACUGCCUCCCACUGCUUUGAUAUGGCACCUAUGAGGCCUUCAGACCCUCCCAGCCUCUGCCUGGGACGUCAGGUAAGAGAAAAGGCUCUGAGUAUUUUGUAG